AUGAAUCCUGUCGCUUUAUAUAAUCACGAUGCUCCCAUUUCUGCAGCUCAACAACAUCAGUUUGAUCCAUACGAGAUGAAUGGCGGAACCGAAACUGCGGUGUUGGCCACAAGUGGAUUUUCCGCCGAUGGUCUCGCGUUGUUCAAGAAACUUAGUCAAAACUUGGAGUGGUAUAAACACGCUCACGAUAAGGUAAUGUCAACGCCAGCAAUAGCUCAAAUGCUUUCGAAUACUUUAUACUAUAAACGAUUUUUUCCAUACUACUCAUUCUGCUUGCUAGGAGGGAUCGAUGAACAAGGUAGAGGUGUGUCAUAUAGUUACGAUCCAUUGGGAUCCUAUGGAGCCGAACCCUAUAAGUCUGUUGGACACAAAAAUCAGCAAGGUGUUCAACGAACUGACAUGCCCUUGGAUACAGCUAUUAGUAUUGCAAAAGAUGCGUUCACUUCAGCGUCAGAGAGGGACAUGUACACUGGAGAUUAUCUUGAAAUUUUUGUCAUCAAACAAGGUGGUGUUACAGUUGAAAGAGUUGACUUGAGAAAAGAUUAG